AUGCGUUGUUAUGGCUUAUCAAUCCCCGGAAGCGAUAAUCGUUUCUUCGUUCCAACACUCACUCCGUCAGUAUCCCUCCGGCCGACGACAACCUUGCCGGUAACGCGUGUAACAUUCGGAUCAACUUUUCCGAGACUGAAAGCCACCUUCAACGACGGCGUUGUGACGGAGAAAUUGAGUUUCUACGAUCUUCUAGGGAUUCCCGAAUCUGGUUCGUUGACUGAUAUCAAAUCUGCUUAUAAACAGCUUGCGAGAAAGUACCAUCCCGAUGUUUCGCCACCGGACCGGGUUGAAGAGUAUACCAAGAAGUUUAUUCAGGUUCACGAGGCUUAUGAGACGUUAUCGGAUCCUUCAAGGAGGAUUAUGUAUGAUCAGGAUAUGGCUAGAGGUGUGAAUCUCGCUUUCAACGCUCGGAAACGCUAUAAUCACUCCGAUCAGGGGAGUGAACAAAAAGACGAAUGGAAAAGUCGUUGGCAAUCUCAACUCUCUGGUCUGAAGAGAAGAAGUGACAGCAAGGUCGCCGCUGAUAACAUGUCAUGGGCUGCUCGAAUGCGCCGGCAGAAGGAGGAAAUGUGA